GUUAAGUACCUGCGAUAUUAUAAACUUCCUAUUUGGCCCCUCUUUUAAAAAUUGAAACGGAGUAUUACUUAAAGUGAUGUACUUCGCAACACUAGGGAUUAUUUUCUUUUUAAUUAUUGAACAUUCGGAGCAAGUUCCAAAGUUGAUUUACAACAACAAAACACAGCCUUGGCAGGAAGCAAUGACAGAGUGUUUCAGCGUACAGUAUUAUACAGGUAUAGAUAAAGACAUAUCAGCGGUAGGCCUGAAGUCAGACACAGAUAUAUGGACAGCCGGAUACGCUAGUGACGUUAAAAUUGCAGGUGUGUUAGAUGACUCAUUUCAAAGUUUAUGCGGUUUUACCUACUUAGAUGGUGUUAAUGCUUUGUUUGGCGCAUGGGAAGUCCUUUACGGAGACUGUCUCCUACGCAGAAAUUAUCUUUAUAAAAAUGGAACAGCAAGCGAGUUGGAAAUUCUUACCGAUACAUUCUCUGGAGCAGAUUUUAGCCAAUCAUUUCGUCGGGAGGAUUUGCUUAACGCUACGCAUGAAAUCAGACCAGGAUUUUAUUGGACCGGUGAAACAGCAAAUAUUAUAUCAAGACAACUGAAAUGUAGAGUAACUACGACACAAAUUGAAGAAGUACAUUUUUAUAUGGAAAAGGCGUUUCUGAUUUCUAAGUAUUUUGCAGCUUUCUGUAAUAAUAGAGGCUUGUCACUAGUUCUUAGUUACUAGGUUUUCUCAACAAUCAUCAUGUCAAAUUACAAAACAACACUCUAGUUGCAUUGCAUUUGUAUUGUUGAAUUAUUAGACAAUUUUAAUAUUAGAUAUGCCAUUCUAAUAUGCUUGUUUCUGUUAAAACACGAUUGCGCUAAAAUGACGUCACGUUAACGUGCGAUGACAUCGAAAGAGCGCUACUAUAUUUUAUCUACUGUUUUAGAUUAAGGGCAUACUUGAAUCGAAAUAAUGUAUUAUAGCAAAAUCGUGUUUUACCUAAAUUAAUACACUCAAAACCGGUUACACGUUCCAAGAAUAAUUUACUCGUGCUACGCUCUUGUACAAUUAUUCCGCGGACGUAUAACCUCUUCCCGUGUAUUAAAAACGUUUUUCUAUACAUUAUCUCUUAAAGGACUAGGAAACCCUGUAAAUAAGUUAGUUUCAUAUGAAAGCCAUUAUCAAGCCUUUCAUAACGCUGAAAGAAUUUUUAAAAUCGGACCACUAUUGAAAAAGAUAUGGCAGAAAUUUAAGAAAAUUGCAGAUCAUGGAGGCUGCCAUUGUGUGUGUUUAUGACUUCAUUUACACACUGCUGAAUUCUUUAUUUACCAAAUAACCUUCUAAUAGAUUAUUUUUAAUAUGAUUCUUGAGUG